CCGAGCCCGGCUCGACCUGGCUUAACCUUGAGCCUAACCGGCUCGCGCGACUUUUUUCAAGGGUGCCCGCGGCCCCCAUCCGGACCGUUGGACUCCACAUGCAGCUGUCAUGAGUCAACCACAAAGUUUGUCUAUUGAAGUGUUGCCAUGGCCCGCGUUGUGCAUCAACGCCAAGGGGAAGGUUCUGGAGACCAACACCGCGACACUGACCUUCUUCGGUAGCAAAGACAAGGUCGACUUGCUCGGCUCCUUUGAAGCCUUGGUCGCGGAGGAGGAACGCGCCGAGACCGGUGUCUACUUGAAGGAGGUCCUCGAAGGCGCCGACAGCGGGAAGUUCUUCAAGGUGACGCUCGUCACGCGCACAGGGCGGAAGCAAGCAUGCCUUCGGGCGGUGCCCCUGCGGACGGCAGGAAAGUUGGAUGGCGCAACCAUCCUGGUCCAAGACAUGGGUGAGAUCAGAGCUAUGGCAGGCACUAGCACUGCGGGUGGCGCCGAACAUUUGUCUGGAGCGCUGGCCGCCAGUGGCAUGGCUUUGAUUGGCACUGACAUGGCUGGCAAGAUCAUCGAGUGGACGCCGAGCAUGGAGAAGCUCACGGGGCUCUCGAGCGGCCAGGCCAAGGGUCAAAGCUUGGCCAAGGCGCUGAAUGCCAUGGCUCCAACGCCCAUCGAGACGGCGCUCGAAAAGGCGCUGCGUGGUCAGAACGUCGCUGGCUUCUCCACGGAGGUGAGCACCACCAGUGACAAAAGCCGGGAGGGCUUUCUCAGCUUGGCGCCGUGGAAAUCGGCCACCGGCCGCCUGGUGGGCGUUGUGGCGCGCUUCGAGGAUGCCGCGGACGUGGACAAGCGCAUGGCGGAGGCAGAUUGGAUUUGUGAUGCGAGUACUCAGCAGCUGGAAGAGGCCAAUGCCUUGAUCUUCUCCAUGGACGCCAGUUUGACGAUCACGGAGUGGAAUUCUCGCUUGGUCACUGCCACAGGGAAAGCACGCGAACGGGCGGUUGGGAGCAAACUGAGUGGCGUGGUGGCGGCUCAGUCCAUGAGCCUGGCGCAGGAAGCAGCCCGGGUCGCCUUAGCAGGUGACCUCUCCAGCCCAGUGCAGUUCACCCUGUUUGGCGUCGACAUGAUUCUCGGCUUUUCGCCUCAGUUCAGCAGUGCGGGCAAGGUGAUUGGCGUCUUUGCAGUGGGUCAGCUGCCCAUCGUCUCUAAGGAGUUGAGUGACUAUACCCAAGCCAAGGAUGCCGCGCUGCAAGAGCUCCGGGCUCCGUUGCACGGCAUCCUGGGUCUUGCAAACACCUUGUCUCAGGACCCGGGUCCGCAGCAAAGGCCGCUGGACAUGAUUCGCCAGGGUGCAGACAGAGCCUUGAUCAUGGCCACGAAAAUGGUGUACUUGGGGACUCUUCAAAAGACAGAGCUUCGAUCUGCGAGCAGCGCAACGAAAGAGAAGCCACUAGAGCUCAACGUUCUAGCCAAAGAAGUGGUGGCAAAAGCGCUCGAAGCCAAAGACAAGAAGGGCAAGCCGAUCAAGAAAGACCAGGUGAAUUUUCAAACGGAGAUCGAACCGGUGACGGUGAACAUCGACUCUCAAGCGCUCACGUCGAUCAUGAGUGAGCUCUUAAUGAACGCGCUGAAGUUCACGGUGGACGGAACGGUAUGCCUAACAAUCAAACAAGACAAGGAAGCUGAUUCCAUUAAGAUCGCUGUAAGUGACACAGGACCUGGAAUUGAGGCAGAAAAGCUUCCUCGAACCAUGCGAAGGAUCACUGCCUUCGAGUGGAUGCGGCUGAUGAAGGCUGUCAAUAAGACCGGUCCUGCCAACGACGUUGGACUGGGCCUGGCCACCGUGAGCGAAAUCUUGCGGAUCUACGGCGGACGCUUCGAGCUGAAAGCCAAUGAGCCAAAGGGCCUGGUGGCUGCGGUCACGCUGCCGCGGACGCCACCGAAGUCCCAAGGCCUGGAGUUGGAGCCCCGCACCAAGGUGCCUUUGCCCCAAACGCGGCAGCGUGGCACGACCUCGUGGCUAGGGCCCAGCAAUCAGAUCGGAAUUCCCAACCUCAUCAAUCCUGCUGGCAUUGCAGGUCGGACGGCUUCGUCUUUGCCUUCUUUGAAGGAAGACCCGACCUCCUUGCUGCAGGAUGAGGAAGAGAAUUUGAUCAUGAGCGUCGAUGAUGACUUUGUAAAUCAAGAAGUCAUGCGCUCGAUCCUGGAGCCAUGCGGUUUUAAGGUGGUCUCUUGCAUGAACGGAUCUGAAUGCCUGGAAUAUUUUGAUGGAGACAACCCGCGGCCGCGCUUGGUGCUGCUGGAUUUGAUGAUGCCGGGCCUGAGUGGUUUCGAUGUGCUACAAGCAAUGCAGAAGAAGACGAGCCUGCUGGAAUUGCCGAUCCUCAUCGUGUCCGCCAAAAAUCAGUCCAGCUCGGUCAUGAAGGGCUAUGAACUCGGCUGCCGCGACUGGAUUCACAAGCCCUUCUGCCGUCAAGAAUUGAUUGCCCGCGUCAAGUCCCAUUUGAAGAUGCGCUCGACGCUCUUGAGCUAUCGCCUGGCGGCCAAGAAAGAGGCACAUGAGGAGAAUGAUUGUGCCUUGAGCGAUUUGGCUGAAGAAAAGCAAGACAACAGCUUUGUGACAGGCCCAGCUGACACCACUGUGCUCUUCGCGAAUGUGGCUGCAGAGGGCUCGGUCGAAGGCAUGGCUUCGGUCUUCGAAGACUUCGAGCGCCACAGCCGGCAGCACGAAGCCCUCCGCACCGAGGUGUUUGGCAGCACCUAUGUGGCCAUCGCCAUGGGCUCGGAGGAUCAGACCUUUCACACUGACAAGCUCCUGCUGUUGGCUUAUGAUCUCCUACAGACGACUCACAAGGCAAAGUUCUCUGUGAGUAUCGGCCUUCACUCCGAAGUCGCGACGCCGCGCACGGUGACGGGGCGGCAAUAUCCGAAGAGCAGCUUCUUCAGUAGCACGGUGCAGACCGCCAAGAAGUUAUCGGAAGCCGCAGCGGAGAACCGGAUCUUGUUGUCUCGCACGGCACGGUGUCGCUUGAGCGCCGAUGUGGAGGCUGAGCUGCAACUGCAAGGUUUGCAACUCCUGGAGGGUGAUGCCAGUGCUUGGCUGGGAGAGCAUUUCUACGUGGCCCAGUCCAGCGACAGUGACAGCUCUCCGCUGAAGAUGCCGCCCGAGCCAAAGGUCCAGGUGAUUCCCUCACCCGAGAAGGAAGAGAUGCUCAGUAAGACUCAGAUGCAAGUGCAAGGGCUCCAGGAGGCCUUGGCGAAGAGCAAACAUGGCUCCGCCAGUCUCCAAAAGCAGCUCAACAUCAUGACCGAGCAGCUGCGGAAUUCCAAGCUGGAGUCUGACUCUCUCCGUGUGCAGCUGAAGGCGAGCACCGGCCCUCGACGUGACGUGCUGCGAGAGGAUACCAUGAUCCCUGAAGCAGCCGGGACAUCUGAAUCGGCAGCUCUCCUCUUCUUGCAGUGGCAGAAUGCGCAUCUUCAUUCGGACUGCCGUCACUACCAAACUGCCCUGAGCAAUACACAAGCGGAGCUGCAGUCGCAGAUCACGGCGUCUCAACUCAUGGAGUCCAAGUAUAGUUUGCUACAAGCUCGUGUGGAGCACUUGGAGCUGGACCUCAGCUUCAAGGCGGCCUUUGGAAGCAACGUGCGCGGCGUGGGCGACGAGGCGGUGCUCGGCAUGAGCACCACCAGUGCGCCUUCGGAGACGGGGCGUGGCAACACGCGCGAUGACUUUCUCGCCAGCCUCACCACGGAGAUGCCGGCGCCCAGCUUCCCGCGCCUGCGAGGUAACGCGAACCUCCUCCGCGCGGGCAUCUCGGGUCUCAGCGGCCCGACUGCGAUGCCCACGAGCACCGGCUAUCCAAGCAUCUCCGCCAGCACCUCGGUGGAAAUGCCCAAUGCCGGUGCCUUUGGCACAGGUGGUCUAUCUGAGAUGCCCUCAGCGGCUUGGGAGUCCCACCUCAAGGUGCCCAGCAGCUUUGGAAUGCCCAGUAGCUUUGGAAUGCCCAGCAGCUUUGGAAUGCCCAGCAGCUUUGCAAUGCCCAGCAGCCUGGAAAUACCCAGCAAAGGACUGGAGCCGGAGCCUGGCUUCAUGUGGAGAUCGCCCACUUGCUGAUGCCAGCGCGUGGACGUGUAGAUUUCAAGGGCGGAGGAACCAAGAGUCAGAUGCCUUGUCACUUACAGAAAUUGC